UUUCAGAAAUACACUAUUAUUUAUAAAAACUGAUGAAAGCACUUUUUAUUCAAUUGCUUGUCAUCACCUUUCUCGACGUGAUCCUAGCACAAUUAUUGAAAUCAAUAUUCCCGGGUCAACGCAAAAGGACUUCCGUUUCAGCGCUGUUUCCUCGAUAUCAGUUUCGCUCAAUAUAAAAACGAUAUCACAUCUUUUUUCUGCAGAAAACCUUGAAUCGUGAUGGACACCAUGACUAGACUUGCGUUCUCCGUAUAUCUAGUGGUUACAGUAUUUUUCGUGCAUUGCUCUGGUGCUUCCGAAACAAAAUUUGUUAGGAAUCGCCCUAAACAACUUGAUCUCCAAGAGACAGCUGUUAUUAAUGAACUUAAUAUAUCAGGAGCUGUUCUUGCUGAAAGCGAUGAAGGGUUUAAUCUGAACACUGAGGAAGACAGUUCUGGUCAAGGGCGAAAGAAACGUCAAAUCACAACCACCAACCCGCUACUUCUUUUACUUAGACAAGAAUGUGAAGGCAUACUUCUACGAUGGCUUAUAGGCAACCUUCCUUUAAGUCCUGACUUCCACACUAGCAAUUCAGAGUUCAGUCAUUACAACAUCUAUCGUGAAACGACCUUCUUUAUAACUGUGAGGGGCAGGCAACCGAUUGCAUCAGGAAAGAAUAUAGCUGAACUUCGAAAUCUAAAGCUACAAAAAUGGUUUGAUAAAUUUCCUCCAACCGGAACAAGACUUUAUUAUGCAGUCACCAUUGUGAACAACAAGGGGGAAGAACCGAGAUUAGUGAUCCCUAAACAGAUAUCGUUCGUUGGCAGUUUUGAGAAUGUUGGCACUAACCCGGCAAGAUUCAUGCCCAAUAUCAUACAAGGGAGCGUAAUGACUCACAGUGUUGCAUAUAAUAAUCUGCGAAAUGAAUAUUUUGUUGUUUUGGAUGUGGACCAGAACAGUGACAACAUUCCUGACCGAGUGUAUGGUUGGCGUACCAAUGCACAGGGACGACUUUUAGAUAACCGUGUGAUUGAUUUCACACUUAGUCGUGUGGCAUCAAGGGAGCAAGGCCAUCCGACUGUGGCAUUCAAUCCUAGCACUCAAGAAUACCUGGUUGCGUGGCACGUCAGUGCGUCAUUAAUACAGGGGGGCGUUCACAUGAUUUUUGCGCAAAAAGUCUAUGACAAUCAAACCAAAACCACAAGUCAUGCUUAUGGUCUGGUGGGUUCUCGAUUUGACUAUGGAUUUCGUCCCGUAACUAGACCAAAUUUAUUGUACAACUCUGGCUCCGGUGGGUAUGUGAUGUCAGUUGUGGUGAACAGGCCGCCAAAAAAUCUAGCCACUGUAUUCGUGAAGCCCAAUGGCAGAAACGCGACUGUGAUGGUGUUUUAUGCAGGCUUAGUGUUAGGAGGAAAGCUCUUUAUGGACACCAGAAUUCAACAAGUGUACAUUGUCUAUCAAGUUCCAACCCUGGCUAUCAAUCUGACGUCGGGGAAUGAUGCCACGCAUAAGCAGUAUCCUUACGUAAUCUUACUUUCAAAGGCUAGUGCAACCGGUGAACUUUUGAAAAUAGGCAGCGCUAUGGCUAAGAGAUAUGUGAUUGGUUAUACCAGAGAAGCAAAUGCUCAUAUUGAUGGCUAUUUUGAACGUGGGAAUGGGUGGUUGAAUGUGUUUUGGAACAACAGGGAAAAUGGUAGAUAUGUACUUAAUUCGUCAAGUCUGGUUGGUAUACCAGGAUUAUUUUUACAAGAAACGAUUUCACACAAUUGUCAGCAACAUAGGAAUGUUAAGAAUUCGGCUUCUUGUUUUUUGCCGACCAGCAACGCUCAUAUUAUGAUCUGGGAGGAGGGAGCAAGGCUUGGUGGAUACCUCGUGAAAAAUGGGGCUUUUAAUCCGGUGCGUGGAAUCCAACGCAGCGCUGUUGUUACCUACAACGCUCGGCAAAGGAGAGCACUUGUUGUCUACCAGCAAACUGUUUAUGGACGUAGAGUGUUGUUUGCCAGGAAUAUUGCUCCAAGUUCGUCCUCCAGAUGUAGUCCAAGGUGUAGGUCGAACGAAAGAUGUGCUAUGAAGGAUGUAUGUGCUCCAAGGAACUCAGUCGUUGUCAAUAAUGGUUCAACAUGCUUAAAAGAUAAUGGUGGAUGCAGUCAUAUUUGUAAAAGUCAUCCCAAUGGAAGAACGUGUUCUUGCCGUCAAAAUUAUACACAAGCCUUGGAUGGAAUGAAAUGUUUUCUAACAGCUGCCAAGCCAGAUGUCUCUCUGUUGUACUCGACAGCAGAUUCAAUUUGGUCAGUAAGUGUUUACUAUGCAGAGAAACGUGCAUCAUUUUCACGACUCCCAAUCAAUGCGCGACGCAUUAUUUCCCUCUUCUACAAUGCGAAGGACAAAUAUAUAUACUGGUCCGACUCCACAUUACGAAAGAUAUACAAGGCGCAUUUGAACGGAACGAAUAAGCAAGAAAUUAUAAACGGUAACGUCAUCGUACCAGGCGGUAUGAUUGUCGAUCCAGAAGCGAGAAGAUUGUAUUGGGCUGAUACUCGUAUUGGAACCGUGUUUCGUUCCACCUUAGACGGAGCAAGUGUUGUCUCGUUUAUUACUGGUAUAAAUAAACCAAGAGACCUAACACUCCACCAGAAGAACCGAUGGUUAUUCUGGACAAACUGGGGCUUCCUAGCAAAAAUAGAACGAAUCAACACGGACGGUAGCAACCGAGUCGUUCUCGUUCAAAGCGGUCUUCUUAUGCCUAAUGGUUUAACAAACGAUGGAAAAUAUUUGUACUGGGCCGAUACUCUUUUCAAGAGAAUAGAGAUGAGCAAUUUAGAUGGAAGUGGAAGAAUCACUCUGACAACGAAAGGUAUUAACCGACCAUAUGGUUUGGGAAUAGCUGGACACAGAUUGUACUGGACAGAUUUGUCUGGUCAUAUUCGUUCAUUGGAUAAACGCCAUGCCUACCAAGAACCUGAAGUGCUUGCAACUGGAACUACAAACGCAUUCUCUUUGCAGAUCUACAAUGGGACGGCGUUUCUGAAUGCUUUACCAGUGUUCACCAGGCUGCCUAGUGACCAGACUGUUUACGCUUCAAAGUCGGUGCUCAUUAGAUGUUCAAGUAAUAUAGCUCCAAUCACGUGGUACAAAGACGGCAAAGUACUGGGGCCCUCCCGCAGGCAUUUCAAGGAUCGUAUCACAGGUUAUCUGCUCAUUUUCAAAGUGUCCGUUAGCGACACAGGAUUGUAUACCUGUGAAGCGAAGAAUGUGGCUGGGCGCAUACACGCAUCAAUGUCUUUGACGGUGAAACCAAAAUAAAUUGGAUAUAAAAUUUCGAAAUUUUCUGGAUAAACAAUCAUAUGAAAUUGAUUAAAAACGGUUAGUCAUAUGUCGACAGCUCGCUUUAAUUUAGAUGUGUCAGGUCGGAUUAAUUGGAUUUAAUAGAUUGGAUUGGUUAACACGAUUAUGAGAAACUGAUUUCAAAAGCGAAAGUUUUAUUCUUAUAGUUUUUACUUCACUGAAUAAAUUAACAU